UAACUUGUAACAUACCCUUCCCUUAACUAACUAAUGUCUUCAUACACACAUAACAAAUUCAAAUUCACAUUCUUUCUAAACAACCGAAUCGCUUUUCAUCUAAGCAUUAAAUCAAAAUCAUUUUGUCUCAGUUUCAGCUAUUGCCCAUUUAACCUACACUUCUCUUCAUAUUUUCCCGCUGGUGCAUGGACGUCACGUUGAUCCACAUUUUCUAGGGCACGAAUUCUUCGAGAUUCAGAAUCAAUGGCUUCGUGGCUCAAAGCUGCCGAAGAUUUGUUUGAAGUCGUAGACCGAAGAGCAAAGCUGGUUGUCAGUGAUUUGGCAGAUGAGCAAUCUGAUUCGCCGACACCAGGAUCUCAAGCCAGGAGGACAAAGUCAAGGACAAAGGCUCAAAAGAGACUCUCCUCAAAUGAAUCUCAAAAUAUAGGUGAUACUGCACAGGAGCAGGCUCACACAAAUUUCCAGUUAGAUUUAACACCUGACAGAGAUAGGGCUGCUCCUUCAGCAGUUGAAAAUGAGAGGACCCCUAGUGGUAAGACCCCAAAUAAUGAGCAGGAGCAAGGUAUUGAAAAAGACACCCCCAGCACUCCUUCGACAGGGCCUCCAGCAAAUGCUUCAGGUAAACAUGAUGCUGAUCUUGCAGAAGUUCCUGUAACUGUUACUGAUGCAGACACUGCUGUAUCAACUUCAAAUGGUGAGCUUCUCAAUGAGAAUGCUUCAGAUGUUCAUGUAGAACAAUCUCCUUCAUCAUUGCUUCCCAAAGAAAUUGGGAUUGCCAAUGAAGAUCAUUCAAAUGAUGCUGGAGAAAAAAUCAAAUCAGAAGAUGCUGAUGUUCCUCUGAAGACAGAUAAUGAGAGAUCUCUAUCUGUAGUUGUUGAGCCUCCUGUUAAUAGUGGAAGUCCAUUGAAAGAUAUUGAUUCUAAGGUUGAUACUGUUGCAACUCAGAAGAAGCAGCAGGAGCACAAAAUGGAUAGUCCGCCUACGAAGGUACAGGACCAACUUGAUGAGGCUCAAGGAUUGCUGAAAACGGCAAUUUCCACUGGCCAGUCAAAAGAAGCAAGGUUAGCUCGGGUUUGUGCUGGACUUUCAUCACGUCUUCAAGAGUACAAAUCUGAAAAUGCACAGCUGGAGGAACUUCUUGUUGCGGAGAGAGAACUGAGUAGAUCAUUUGAGGCUCAAAUAAAGCAGCUACAGCAAGAAUUAUCUGCUUCUAAAAGUGAAGUAACUAAAGUGGAGUCAAACAUGGCUGAGGCUUUAGCAGCGAAGAACUCAGAAAUUGAGGCGCUUGUCAGUUCUAUAGAUACACUAAAGAAACAGGCUGCUUUAUCUGAAGGAAACCUGGCUUCGCUGCAGAUGAACAUGGAGUCCAUAAUGAGAAAUAGAGAAUUAACAGAGACGAGGAUGAUGCAGGCUGUACGGGAGGAGCUUGCUUCUGCUGAAAGGAGAGCUGAAGAAGAACGUGCUGCACAUAAUGCUACCAAAAUGGCUGCUAUGGAAAGGGAAGUGGAACUGGAACAUAGAGCUGUUGAGGCAUCGACAGCCCUUGCUAGGGUGCAGAGAGUUGCAGAUGAGAGGACAGCAAAGGUGGGGGACCUUGAGCAGAAGGUAGCGGUACUUGAGCUUGAAUGUGCAACAUUAAAUCAAGAACUGCAAGAUAUGGAAGCUCGUGCUCGCCGUGGACAAAAGAAGUCCCCUGAUGAAGCAAAUCAAGUGAUUCAGAUGCAGGCAUGGCAAGAUGAAGUGGAACGUGCACGCCAAGGCCAGAGAGAUGCUGAGAGCAAGCUUUCUUCUUUGGAGGCGGAAGUGCAAAAAAUGAGAGUCGAAAUGGCUGCCAUGAAGAGGGAUGCGGAGCAUUAUUCGCGAGAGGAGCAUAUGGAUCUAGAGAAACGCUACCGUGAACUAACUGAUCUCUUGUACUACAAGCAAACACAGCUAGAAACCAUGGCUAGUGAAAAAGCUGCAGCAGAGUUCCAAUUGGAGAAGGAAAUAAAACGUAUUCAAGAAGCACAGGUUGAGGCAGAAAGAAGUAGAGUUUCUCGCCGGGCAUGGUCUUCUUGGGAGGAAGACACAGAAAUGAAGACACUUGAGCCACUCCCCUUGCAUCACCGACACAUGGCUGCAGCGAGCGUACAGUUGCAGAAGGCAGCAAAACUAUUGGACUCAGGGGCCGUCAGGGCCACAAGAUUUCUUUGGCGGUAUCCAACAGCACGUGUAAUCCUGCUUUUCUAUCUUGUAUUUGUACAUCUCUUUUUGAUGUAUUUGUUGCAUCGCCUUCAGGUACAAGCGGAUAAUAUGGCUGCUAGAGAAUUUGCAGAAUCUAUGGGUCUCAAUUCCGGUAACUUGCCAUGAUUGAAUAUGCCCUACAGAUCAGAAGUCAGUACUACUGAGCUUUUUGAAUUUACUGAUUUCAUGUCUGCGAGGAUGUUGUAUUCAAUUUUUUAACAAAUACACAAGGCUUGGAAAAGAUUGUGAAAGCGUAAAAAUUACUGAAAGAUGGAACCGUCACUGUUACUGUCAUUGUUUUCUCUUUUCAUUUCACAAUUGGGGAAAAAAAAUCUGCGGCCUGAAAUGGCAAAAUAGAUUCAGGUGCAAGUAGAUGUGUGGGCUUGUCAUCUAGGAAUUACAUGCCAAUAUUCAUACAUUAUUAACGGUAAAAUGAUAAUUUAAUAGUGUAAGAAAUUUUAUGUUGUAACUUUGUAGAUUUAAACUUGCUUCUGUAUUGUGGAUGGAAUAUUCUUUUAUUUAUGAAGGUCAGUUGCUAAC